AUGACUUCAAAAUUCCAUUUGGUGGAUUUAGCCGGCACAGAGACCCCCACCCCGCCCAAAAUAGCGACUGGAGAAAGAUUUAAAGAACGAGUAAACAUCAAUAAAGGCCUUCUUGCAUCAGUAAAUGUUAUCUCAGCUUUAGGAGAUGAAUCCCAGAAAGGAUACAUUUCAUAUAGGGACAGCAGAUUGAGAAGAUUUGCCAACAAGGAACAUUCAUUAACUAGAAUGAUUACAUGUGUCAGCCCAGCAUAUUACAAUUUAGAAGAAACACUAAGCACCUUGCGGUAUGCUGUUAGAGCAAGAAGAAUUAGAAAUAAACCUGUUAAUUAUGACCCUAAAGCUGCACUUUUUGCCAAGUUGAAACAUGAUCAGAAAGCUCAAUUUUUACUCAUGAAUUUGGAUAGAAACUUGCAAUGUCCAGAAAAACACAAAGCGACCUGA